GUACAAAUGGCGACAUCUUCCAAGAGACUACAGACUACCAUCCUCCUCAAUCAUGUUCAAGACUUCCCUCAAAGCCGCUACUGCUCCAAUCAGGAUGUCUAUGCGCAGCAAGCACUCCCUUCCUCAGCUUCCAUACGCAUAUGACGCACUCGAGCCACACAUCUCGAAGCACAUCAUGGAGCUUCAUCACCAGAAGCACCAUCAGACAUAUGUCACAAAUCUCAAUGCUGCCGAGGAGAAAUUGGCGUCGGCUGUGAAUGGUGGGGAUGUCAAGGCUGCCAUUGCCCUUCAGGCUGCUAUUCGCUUCAAUGGCGGUGGUCACAUCAAUCACUCCUUGUUCUGGGAGAACUUGGCCCCGGCAAACAAGCAGGGCGGCAAGUUGCCAGAAGGCGCACUUGCAGACGCCAUCAAGAAACAGUAUGGCGGUGUGGAUGGUCUCAAGACAGCGUUCAAUGCUGCGCUUGCUUCGAUCCAGGGAUCUGGCUGGGGCUGGCUCGUGCAGGAUGCCUCUACAAAGCAGCUCAAGAUCACAACGACCCCGAAUCAAGACCCAAUUACGGGCGACACGGUGGUGUUGGGUGUCGAUGCGUGGGAGCAUGCGUACUACCUGCAGUACGAGAAUGCAAAAGUCAAGUACUUUGAUGCAAUCUGGCAUGUCAUCAACUGGGAGACUGCAUCGAAGCGAUUCUCAUCGUAGGCAUCUAGCGUAAGUAAUAAGUAUUUAUUCAUAAGAAGAUGUGACUGCC